CCCGCACGUCGCGAGUCUUGAUUCUGAUCAAAGAUGUUGGUUCGUCUUGGCUUGAGUCACGAGUCGUGAGUGGGGCCCGCACCGCUACCUCAUGCCACGUCGACUGACUUCACUCUUGACUCAGACUCACCACUUGAGACGACCCAUCAAGCAAAGUCGCAAAGAACUCAAAAGCUGCCCAGGCUGGCAUCCAAAGAAACACUCUUGACUCUUGCUCAUGACUCUUCAGCCUCUCUUCCACCACAUCGUCACAAGGCGCGCGACUCGGACUCUCCACACAUCGAAUCGACGACCAACAAUCACUCCGAGCCCAAUCAAGUCCCUUCAUACCUGAUUCACACCUUCAAGAACAGUCGCGAUGGCGCCUCCUGCUGUUCCACCGCCAUCUUCGCGCUCCACAGGCACCUCGGCAAAUGACAUCGACGGUCAGACUUUCGAUUACGUCAUCGUAGGUGGCGGCACUGCUGGAUUGGCCGCUGCCGUGAGGCUCUCCGAGGAUCCAUCAGUCAGCGUCACAGUGCUCGAAGCGGGUCUUUGGAGGCCUGAAGAUCCAAAGAUCGACUACCCCAUCAUGAUGGCUCAAGUUUUCGGCGACAAGAACUAUGAUUGGUGUAUCAAGACCGUGCCGCAGACAAAUGCCAACGACAGACAGGUCGACUGGCCAAGAGGCAAAGUGCUGGGUGGUUCUUCGGCUCUGAACUUUAUGGUCUUUCAACGUGGACACAAGCGCGAAUUCGACGAUAUCGAGAGCAUCGGCAACCCUGGAUGGGGCUGGGAUGCCAUGCUUCCCUUUUAUAAGAAGACGGUCAACCACGCAGCUCCAGUCCACCUGCCCGACCCACACCUUGCAUACUUGGACGACGAUGCGGCCAAUGGCGGAGGACCCAUUAAUACUUCCUUCUCGUGCUGGUAUGCCGAGCCUCACAAAUUUUGGAUUCAAGCCUUGCAGAAACUUGGCUUGCAAGCCAACAAGAGCUCCCAGGCAGGCGCCAAUGCCGGUCUUUGGGCAAGCUCCGGCUCGAUAGAUGCCAAUACCGGCAAGCGAAGCUAUGCCGCUAAUUCCUACUAUGCUCCGGUGGCCAGCUCUCGUACGAAUCUCAAAGUCCUCUGCGGAGCUCUCGCGACUCGCAUUACUCUGUCCGAUGAUGCGGAGGAGCCAACAGCCGAAGGAGUCGAUUUUGUCAUGGAAGAUGCGCCCACGAAGAGGCUUACUGUGCGUGCGAGCAAGGAGGUUAUCCUGAGCGCAGGAACGAUCAAGACCCCACAACUUCUCGAGCUGUCUGGCAUUGGACGAAAGGAAGUGUUGGAGAAAGCUGGAAUCAAACAGCGUGUGGAUCUGCCUGGAGUUGGCGAAAACUUGAGCGAGCACAUCUACCUUGGCUGCGCCUACGAGGUACAAGAUGGCACUGUGACUUGGGACAAGAUGCGCGAUGCCGAGUUUGCGGCUCAACAGAUGCAACUCUACACCGGCAAAGGACCGGACAAAGGUCUGAUCGGAUCGUUCGUGAGCGGCUUUGCCUACUUCAACUUGCAAAACUACCUCUCUCCCGAGGAUCAGAAGCUCGUGCACCAACAGAUCGAUGAGACCGACCAGACUGGUUGGAGCAGCGGCAUGAAGGAGCUUCACGCUUUGCAGAAGAAGCGAUACGACGAUCAGACGGUGCCGGCAAUGGAGCAAAUGUUUGCCCCCGGAUUCUUUGCUCAUAGCGGACCACCAAAGGAGGACAAGUCCUACUUCACUCUCCUCAGCGCUCUUCAGCACCCUUGGAGUCGUGGAAGCAUUCAUGUCAAGUCUGAUGAUCCUUUUGCUCAUCCGGACAUUGAUCCUCGUUACUUUUCUAGCAAGGCGGACCUGACCAUCCUCAGCAAAGCUCUGGCUUGGAACGAUAAAGUCGUGAGCCAAGACCCUUUGAAGGAGGUGGUCAAUGUUAGGCAAGAACCCAACCCCGAGUUGGUAAAUGAGAAGCACGAGGAUUGGGAGAAUGCGGUAAAGGGUUCAUUCCAGACGACCUAUCACCAUCUCGGUACCGCGUCCAUGAUGCCUCGCGAGAAGGGCGGCGUUGUUUCUCCCUCUCUUCAAGUGUACGGUGUCAAGAAGCUUCGUGUAGCAGAUGCCAGCAUCUUGCCUUGCCAGCUCAGCGCGCACAUUCAGGCCACGGUGUACGCCAUCGGAGAGAAAUUGGCAGACAUUCUCAAGAAGGAGCAGUCAUCCGACGUGCAGAAGCUCGAUAUCGCUGGCAUUUCCAUCUCUGCUUGAGCUGCGCUCCGUCGAGCGGUGCGUGGCGAACCACUGCGUCGACUCGAGAACUCACCUACCCCCAUCGAAAGGUCUCGGUCGGCGUUUCGCCAGCGAAGCGAAGCGAAUCCUGCAGCUCUUCGUUCCAUCACCAAUGAAGCUGCUCGGCAGUGCGCACAACUCGUUUCUCGAAUCUCGCUCCCCCUCCCCCAUCCCAUCUCGCAGGUCCAACUUUCAGCAAGCUCCGCCCAAACGCAACAUUCACAUUCACGUAGAGACGAAUUUCUAAAUGGCACCACACACCACAGAGUGGCACUAGUGGCAGUACUAGUAGCAGCAGUAGUAAAAGCAAAGCAAUUAAAUGUAACUCAUCAUCGCGCCCGUGC